UUGGCUAAUCGAGCACCGCGCGCCGGCGGCUCGGGGCUCGGUCGGCCGCGCCUGCUCACGUGGUGGGUUCCGGCGAGCGCGGCCGGGAGGGCACCGUCGGUGAGGGCCGCGCCGGCCCUCCUCCCCACCGAGCUUCCAGCCAUGGCUUCUCUGCUCGCGAAGGACGUCUACCUGCAGAGCCUGGCCCAGAGGAUCUGCUCGCAGCGCAGCCCCGAGCCGCAGAAGCGCAAGCCGGCUGGCAAAACUCAAGUCUUAGAAGCUGCUGGGCCCCCCAAAAAGAAGAGGAAGAAAUCACAGAAGAAAUCCCGGGAACGGGAGAAAAAGGCUGCAGAGCCCAAGGCCCUGGCCCCUGUGGAGAAGUCUCAGGCCAGGAAGCCAGGGGUAGCCAAGGAGGCGGAGGCCUCCAGCUCCACAGAGGCCCCUGCAGGUGGCCUGGCCAAAGAGCCCGACUCUUUGUUUGCCUUGGACGUUCUGCGGCAGCGCCUGCACGAGAAGAUCCAGGAGGCGCGGGGCCAGGGCAGCACCAGGGAGCUGUCUCCCGCCAUUUUGGAGAAAAGACGCCGGAGGAAGCAGGAGCGCGACCGGAAGAAGAGGAAGCGGAGGGAGCGGAGAGCAAAGGAGCAGGCGGCCGAGGCCCCCGAGGGGGCAGAGGCCGCCCUGCCGCCUCCCGAGGCGCCCGGCGAGGCGGUGCAGGCCCCGGCGGGGCUGCUCUUCAAUAAGGUGGAGGUGACCGGGGAGGCGCCGGCCAGCAAGGCCCAGCGCAGAAGGGAGAAGAGGCAGAGGCUGAAGGGCAGCCUGACGCCGCUGACGGGCAGGAACUACCGGCAGCUGCUGGAGCGCCUGCGGGCGCGGCGGGUUCGGCUGGAGGAGCUGCGGGCCCGGGACGCGGGCCGGGCCCGGGAGCUCGAGGCCAAGAUGCAGUGGACCAACCUGCUGUACAAGGCGGAGGGCGUGCGGAUCCGCGACGACGAGCGCCUGCUGCAGGAGGCGCUGAAGCGCAAAGAGAAGCGGCGCGCGUGGCGCCGGCGCGCGUGGGAGAAGCGCACGGCGCACGUGGUGGGCAAGAUGCAGCGGCGGCAGGACCGGCGGCGGCAGAACCUGCGCAGGAAGAAGGCGGCCGGGGCCGAGCGGCGCCUGCAGAAGGCCCGCAGGAAGGGCCGCGUGCUGCCCCAGGACCUGGCGCGGGCCGGCCUGGCCUGAGGGGCUGCCCUCGCCGACUGCUCACGGGGCUCAGGCCGCGGGCGCAGGAGAGCCUUGAGAGGCGGGGAAGGGGAGACCCUGAUCCGGGCUCCAGCCGCCCCUUGCGAGGCCGGAAAGCACCCCGAAAGCUGCAGGUCGGGGGCGAGGGAGGGGGUGUGGCGGGAGGGGGGCUGCCCUGGACCGCCUCUUCUCCCGUGUUCACAGGAGCAGGAACGAACGGCCUUCGUGACUGCCGUGUCAUCCCCGGACUGACUGGGAAAGGACGAAAACCAGCUCCUGCAGCCGGAGCUGAGGUGGAGGGGCGGGGCUUGGGCUGCCUGGAAUUGAGUUCCUCUGAGUGUAUUUGUAAGGGGUAAAAACUAGAAUUGGAGAUAAGCAUACACAUUGAAUCUCCAGGUAACCAUGGAAAGAUAGAAACGGCUCCUGAGCUGGGAGGGGAGCGGUGGAGUGGGGG